AUGGAAAAAACAAGGGUAGUUCUAUUGCUUUGCUUCAUAGUUAUUAUUAUGGUCAUGCCAAUGGCUCAAGGUGUUGAAUUAGGUCCCAAAGCUGUUGAAAAAUGGUUCAAGAAGCUUCCUCAUGCAAAGCAAAAGGUAACUAAGUUGCAUUUCUAUUUUCACGAUAUAGUUAGUGGGAAAAACCCAACUGCAGUUCAAAUAGCCCAAUCCAACAUGACUGCCAAAUCCCCAACUUCCUUUGGGUUUGUUGCAAUGAUGGACGACCCACUAACAGUUGGACCAGAGACCAACUCGAGAAUAGUGGGUCGAGCCCAAGGGAUUUAUGGUUCAGCUGAUCAAAAUGAGGGUGCCCUUCUCAUGACUCUCAACUUUGUGUUCACAACUGGCAAGUAUAAUGGUAGCACGUUGAGUGUACUUGGUAGGAACCCUGUAUUUCACCAGUAUCGUGAGAUGCCAAUUGUUGGUGGUUCUGGAGUUUUUCGGUUGGCUCAGGGAAUCGCUACCGCAAAGACUUAUUGGUUCAAUUUGACCAGUGGGGAUGCUGUUGUUGAGUAUAAUGUUAUGGUCCUGCACUACUCACAUUAA